AUGAUAGUCGUCACUGAUGCUGAGAAACGGAUGCAGCACUCCCCGGACGGGCCGAUAGGGUUCAGGAACAUGGAUCGAGCCAGGCCCCAAGAUGAGCGAAUGUCUGUAAAUUUGUGAUGCAGGGACGACAACACAAAUGCCCCCACUCGUGACUCAUCGAUCAUCACUGUUUCCCAUCGCAGGUAGGAAGUAGGACUUCGGGAAGGUCCGUGCUGUGCAGGCGCCAUGCGAUCGUCAAUGACUGGAAUGCUCCGCGAAGAGGAGCUAUCUGA